UGCAAAUUUGAGGCAGACGAGAAUGGAGAUGAAAUGUGAACCAGAGCUCAAAGCAGUGCCGGGACUCGGUAAUUAAGAGCUUUACAAAAUAAUGAAGGUUGGCGGAGGAGUGGUGUACGGAGCCCCACGCGCCACCGCUCUACCCAAACUACUACUCGGCCAUGGCAGCAAUAGACUUCGCUGCUUUGCUUCUUCCUCUUCUUCUUCUUCAUCAUCAUCAUCAUCAGCUGAUCAUGUGAGUUUCAUAAAAGAUGUAGCUGCUAGUCAUCCCCCUGAGAAUUUGUCUCAGUUGAUGAAAAUGCUCAAAAUAAGAGGUGAUACUAUUAUGUCUCCGGGAGCUAAACAAGGGUUAAUCCCCAUUGCCAUUCCACUUGCUAGAAACAACUCUGGUGCUAUAACUGCUCUGCUGCGAUGGCCUACAGCUCCACCUGGCAUGGAGAUGCCAGUAGUGGAGGUCAAAAAGCAUGGAGUUUGGCUUUUGGCCAAGAAUGUAGACCAAUUGAUUCACAGAAUUCUAGUUGAAGCAGAUGCCGAAAACUCUAGUGAUGAUAGCAAAGAGCUGUUUCAUGCUUCAGCUGAUGUGGGGGAAAAACUUUAUACAAAGGGUGACUUUGCCAAGUCUCAGAUUUCAAACCUAGAUGUCUACCUUCUAAAACAAGUUGGUUUGUUCCCUGAUGUUUUAGAGCGUAAAGUAAAGCAACAUUUUGAGAAAGGAGACCAGGUUUCAGCAUUGGUAACUGGAGAAUUCUACACUAAAAAGGAGCAUUUUCCAGGAUUUGCACGGCCCUUUGUGUUCAACGCAGAGGUUUUGCUGAAAGUUGGUCGGACUGUAGAAGCUAAAGAUGCUGCAAGGGGAGCUUUAAAAUCACCAUGGUGGACACUAGGUUGCAAGUAUGAGGAAGUUGCUAAUAUAGCUCAAUGGGAUGAUGAGCAAAUUGAGUAUUUUAAGGAGAAAGUCAGUGAAGAAGGAAAGCAAGAAGAUCUUAAGAAAGGAAAGGCUCCUGCUCAGGUUGCAUUGGAUGAAGCAGCUUUCUUGUUGGAUCUAGCUUCUGUGGAGGGGACUUGGGAUGAGUCUGUUGAGCGUAUUGCUGAAUGCUAUAAAGAGGCUGGUCUUGAUGAUGUUGCCAGAUUCGUACAGUACAGAGAUUGAGUGUUAUGAGUAUAACAUAUUUUUUUAUAAAAAAAUUUAUUUUGAAUUCUUGUAAGUUGUAACCACACUAAAACAUUCAUGUGGCUACAAUUUUGAGUUAUUUUUUUCUCUUCUUUUACUUACUUUAUAGUUUAUUUGAGGUUGAAAAUUUUGUCCCGAGCUACAAAUAAACAAAUAAAGGACAUUCUUAUAUUU